AUGCUCGUGCAAAUCCUCGCGCUCUCCUUCAGCUUCACGCCGACGCCCCCGGCAAAGUCUGGGGCGGCGGCGGUGCACUCUCGCCGCAGUGCCUUCUCGCUGGGCACGUCGCUCGGACUUGCGCCACUGCUCUUCUCGUCCAGGGCGCUCGCGGCUUGUGACAUCGAGCCAGAGUGCUCCUCGCCCAACCUCGGCGCGCCACGGUGGAGCAAGGCCGGCCAGCAAGCUGCUCGUGCCCUAGCGGACGUGCGUCUCAAGGAGGAGUCCAUCGCCAAGGCUGCCGCAGACAAGAAGGCGGCCGAGGAGGAGGCUGCUAGGCAGAAAGCUGCCGCCGAGGCUGCAGCGGCCGCGGCGGAGAAGACUAAGAAGGAGGAAGAGCAGGCAGCGGCAGCGGCAGCGAAGGCCAAGGCGAAGGAGGCUAAGGCUGCGCCGCCCAAGGCCGCGGCCCCAAAGGCGGCAAAGCCGGCCCCUUCGAAACCUGCGGCAAAGGCAGCUCCGGCCCCGAAAGGCGGCGGCGGCGAGUGCACGAAGCUUAUCACCGGCCGUGAGGUCUGCAAGUAA